AUGAUUGGGGACGUACUCAACGAGCGCUACCAAAUUGUCGAUAAGCUAGGUUACGGCGGAUAUUCAACCGUUUGGCUUGCGCGCGACACCCAGCAAAAGCUUUACGUCGCCCUCAAAGUCGGCAUCUCAGAUUCGAGGCUCCACGAGACGAGGACCCUGAGAAGGCUCUCAGACCCCAAACCUCGCAACGCGUCAAGUCUUGUCGCUUCAUCAGGACACGACGCUAUUCCUCCGCUCCUCGAUGAAUUUACCGUGCGCGGCCCCAACGGAACGCACCCGUGUUACGCAACUACUCCAGCGCAAUGUUCUCUCAGCGAUGCUUCCUUUCAUUACCUGUUUAGACUAGAGGUGGCGAGGGCUCUAUCUGUGAAACUUGUGUCGGCGAUUGCAUACGUGCAUAGCCAGGGCUAUAUCCACGGAGACACGCAUCUCAUCCUCGCCGACUUUGGCGAGGCAUUUGCGCCAGCCUCGAGGAUGCGCCCUUGUCAAGACUGUCGAUCACCGUUGGCCGCCCGGCCCCCAGAAGCGCGGUUCGAGCCGCCAUCGCCACUUUCGUUUUCCGUUGAUAUCUGGUGCCUCGCCGUCGCCAUGUGGAACCUUGUCGCCAUGAAACCCCUCUUUAGUGACGAAUUCGUCACACCCGACGCAGUGCUCGCACAGCAAGUGGACGUGCUGGGUCCCUUGCCGCCCCGUUGGUGGCAGCGGUGGGAGCAGCGGCACCAAUUUUUUGACGAGGCCGGAGAUUCCACUCAAGGAGGGGAUCCAUCGCCUCCCCUCGGCGAAGCAUUCGACGUUGGGGUCCAAAAGUACCGAAAAAAGCUCAACGUAGGCGUGUUUUCACAAGGAGAACAGACGGCAUUUCUACAAUUGUUGCACCAAAUGCUGUCGUUUGAUCCAAGGAAGCGGCCAACGGCCGUAGAGGUGCUCGAGUCGGACUGGGUGGUGGAGUGGGCGAAGCCGGACUUUGAACGGAGCAUGAAUCACGCGGUUGGGCCUACAGGCUACCCAUCAUCAACAAGGCGCAGCCCACUGUUAACCGCCGCUAGGCAAAAGCGCCUGGCCCAAUGA